GUACUGCAGCGCAGGCAAGGUACUGCUUCGGGUGGAUUGACGAUAAAGGAGGUAAAUGACUUGCUUGAUCAGUUGGCUGCUAGUGAAAACAGGGCCGAGAAGACUCAGGUUCUUUCUACCUUUAUCCAAAAGACAAAUGCACAGGAAAUGAAGUGGAUUAUCAUGAUAGUCCUCAAAGAUCUGAAGCUAGGAAUUAGUGAAAAAAGCAUUUUUCAUGAAUUCCAUCCUGAUGCUGAAGACUUAUUUAAUGUUACAUGCGACUUAAAAUUAGUGUGUGAAAAACUAAGGGAUCGGAAUCAGCGUCAUAAGCGACAGGAUAUUGAAGUUGGAAAAACUGUGCGUCCUCAGCUAGCUAAGAGAGUUGCUAAUGCAGCUGAAGCAUGGAAGAAGGUUCGCUUUACUAUUUGCUAAGAUUUUUAUGUAUGCACUUGAGAUUUCUAAUU